AUGUCCGAAAACUAUGACCGUCGCAUUGAUUCUCCGGAAAAGAAGAAUGUUCAAGUUGAGGAUAAUGUCCCCGAAAAGAUUGUCGAUGAGAUUCUGAACAAGAGUGCGGAGGAGGACGCUGUUUUGGAUGAUGUUGUUGACGAGCAAAUCAUUUUGGAACGGGAAUUGGAUUUGAAAGAGGAUGACGAGGCUAAGCAGACUGAUGUAGAGGAGCGUAUUCUUGUAGAAGAAGGCUCGGGUAUCAAACCUCAAGACACUGUCGGGAACCUUCAAGAAGUUCUUGACAAAGUGCUCACGGAAUCUACACAGAAGGUAAUUUUAAUUAAUUAAACAUACAAUUGUAAGAAAAUGUCCCCCUUUUGUUUCUCAGUUUUCAUCUGAGAUGAAAAACGUGUUGCUCACAGAAAAUUUCAUCUGAGAUGAAAUCUGAGAUUUUCUUCUCAUAUAAAUUUUCAUCUCGGAUGAAAUGAUGAAUACAUAUGAUUUCAGGCUUCUACCAGUGUCAUUCCCGCCAAGAGAGCCCGAAUAGAUGAAUGUGACGAUACACCAGACGCGCCGAAACGUUCCAAACAACUGCGGGAGGUAUUAUUGUCGAGGGAAAUAGAACCGCAUUUCAAUAAUAAUUUUCAGGAAAUUGUGGAUAUCCCGAUGAGAGAUUUGCUCACUUGCAAGAUCCGUCGGCAAAUUGUUCGCAAGCUUUCUCAGGAGUAAGUCGAUGCGAUGAUCGAGAUUGGCAAUUGGACCGAAUUGUUCACCGGAGAAGGAAUUACCACGCCCACUUUUUUCGCUGCCUCUGGAGAAAGCGGAGUGCCAAGGAAACUAGCGCUUCUCGAAGGAAACCAUCGAUUCUGCAGUAUGACCGCGAGAGAAAGCGAUAAGGAUUGGGACACGCCCAUUCGCAUCAAAUUGAUCUUCACCGAUCCGAACAAUUUCAAAGCGUUGUACCAUUCUCUGUGUACGAUUCAGUACCGCAAAGCUUUUGAUGCAAACACCACUGUGUCGACCAACAGAAAAACGAUUCCUCCCUAUAUCUUGGAACGUUGCUUGAUUCAGAUGUCAACGGAAACCCGUCGCUCAAUGGCUCAGUACUCUGAGGAAGAACUGGUAAGGCAUUAGCAGGUGAUAGGUUCAGGCGCAUUAUUUUAAUUUUUCAGUCUCUCGCCUUUUUCAAUUACCUCGAAAGACGCUUCUCUUCCGAUGAAGUGAAUCUCAUGCGCGAAAACAAGGCUGCCCGAGACGGAGAGUAUCAGAAGCUCGUGGACGAAAAGCUCGCACAACCGAAAACGAGAGGCCGAACCGAACAAGCCUUUUUCUACAUUUUCCUGUUGCCACUUGGCAUCAGACAGCUGUACCUCGAAGGACUCCAUCUGCACAGAUGGCCAGUCGGACAGGCUUUCUACCGAGACGUCUUUGAUGCGUCGAUGACCGACCCAGAAAAAGCCCAUUCUCUUCUUUCGACAUACGAUCAAAACAAAAAAGGCUGUCAGGAGCGGCUGCGGAAGACGAUGCGUCAGGUGGCGGAGCCUACUAAAGCUGCCAGGAAAUCAAAAAUUACGGAGGAUCGUGAGAGCGAAGAAGUUAUCUUAAUUGACGAGUCUUCGUGCGAAUCAAGACGGACUGAACGAUCUUUUUCACUGAAUUGAUGCCCAUGAAAAAAUGGGAAAAAAAUUGUUGUACCCCAAAAUCGUGAAAUUUGUACCCUUAAAUCAUAGAAGUUGUACCCCUUAAUCAAUGCCUACUGAAUCGGUAAAUUUUUGUACCCUCGACUUUUUGUACCCCAAAACAAUUUGUACCCUGCUGUACCCCCUAAUUUUUGUACCCUCCGAAUUAAAUGCCAGCUUUUGCGCAGACUUUACGCAGCUUUUGCGGAACUAGACAGCAGAAGCUGCGCUAACUUUGCGCAAAAGCUGCGUAAAGUUUGCGCAAAAGUGGCGCGCCUUUGCCGAGAUAGUGUAUCCAUUUCAGUUAUCCAAAAAGAGAGCUUUGAGAACUGCUUUUCUGAGUACCAUUUCAGACCUCAAUCAGUUUACCGCUUACCACGACCUCUGGAAUCCUUCUACUAUUGUGCACUAUCAAAUAGCCAAAGAGAUUGUUAGAGAUCUACAACAGUUUUGA